GUGGAGUUGAUAUUCUUCGAGCAGAAGUGAGAGCUAUGGAAGGAGAACUAUUUUUGGAGGUUGAACUAUGGGUUGAGCUGGGAAUUAAGGAGGUAGUGGUUUUAGAAGUUGAACUGAGGAUUGGGCUGAGAGUUGUGUUUUUUAGAUUCGCCGAUGAAAACGUCGAAGUGAUUGUUGAGGUGAAUGAUGAAUGUGAAAGAUUAGAUUCGUAUAACUUAGAUACAGUUGAAAUUUGA